UUGUUGUCUUCGUUACAAGUCAAAAUGUUCCGACAGAGAAGCAGCCUAUCUAAUACUUCUUAAUUGUUAGAUUGAAAAUAUUGGGAAAGACUAAAGGUUGUUGCUAAAAAAAAAAAAUCAGGAAGCAAAGUUGUUUUUUUAUUUUUUAUUUUUUAUUUUUUUUAUUUUUUUCUUUUUCUUCACUUUUACUUCAAGAAUAAGCCUCAUCUGGACACACAUCUGAUAAAGGCGCGAGCGAAGCUUUCCAGGUCUGUGGCACGAGAUUAUACAGAAGUUAAAGAGGGUCUAAAGUAAAAGUUGCAGCCAUGGUGUUGAUUCUUGGCCGAAGGAUGAACAGUGGGGACUCUGGGAUCAGAGACUCACCAGCUGUCAAACGCAAGGUGUUUGAGGUUGAAUCCAAAACCCUAAGCGGUCAGGAUGUCUUGGAUUUCUGCUGUGGUUCGUCCCAUUCAGACGGCAUCCUGCAGGUGUUCAAUGAAUUCCGUGACUCUCGACUUUUCACCGAUGUGGUCAUCAGCGUGCAGGGCCACGAGUUCCACUGCCACCGGGCCGUUCUCUCUGCCUGUUCAUCCUACUUCAGAGCCAUGUUCUGCAAUGAUCACCGCGAGAGCCGCGAGAUGCUAGUUGAGAUCAAUGGCAUUCUAGCUGAGGCCAUGGACUCCUUGCUCACGUUUAUUUACACCGGUCGUGCCAAGAUCACCACAGAGAACGUCCAGUUCCUCUUUGAAGCCUCCAGCCUCUUCCAGAUCAACACGCUGCGGGAUGCUUGCGCCAAAUUCCUGGAGGACCAGCUGGACCCGUGCAACUGCCUGGGCAUCCAGCGUUUUGCCGAAGCCCACUCUCUGAAGCAGCUGGUCAGCCGCUGCCGCAAUUUCGCCCUGGCCAACUUCUCCGAGGUGGCUCAGCAUCAGGAGUUCCUUGACCUGCGCUGUGAAGAGCUGGAAGACUACAUCAGCAGCGAGGAUCUGUCCGUUAGCAAGGAGGAGGUUGUGUUUGAGGCGGUCAUGCGGUGGGUUUACCACAACGUGGACCACAGGAGGUCCACACUGAAGGCUUUGCUGCUGCACGUUCGCAUGCCCUUGCUGCAUCCCAACUACUUUGUCCAGACAGUGGAACAAGACCAGAUCAUCCAGAAUGCUCAAGAGUGCUACCAAAUUCUCCAUGAGGCCAGACGCUACCAUGUGCUAGGAAACGAAAUGAUGUCAUCCAGAACUCGUCCACGGAGGUCGACCGGCUACUCUGAGGUGAUUGUGGUGGUUGGUGGGUGUGAGCGGUUGGGGGGCUUCAACCUGCCCUACACUGAAUGCUACGAUCCAGUCACAGGAGAAUGGAAAUCACUGGCAAAGUUACCUGAAUUCACCAAGUCGGAGUACGCCGUUUGUGCCCUGCGCAAUGAUAUCCUGGUAUCCGGAGGUCGCAUCAACAGCAGGGACGUGUGGAUGUACAACUCCCAGCUCAACCUGUGGCUGAGAGUGGCUCCUCUUGUCAAAGGCCGCUGGAGACACAAGAUGUGCGUCCUGCUGGGCAAGGUUUACGCUGUGGGAGGCUACGAUGGCCAGAGCCGCCUGAGCAGUGUGGAGUGUUAUGACUCCUUCUCAAAUCGCUGGACAGAAGUGGCRCCCAUGAAAGAGGCAGUCAGCUCUCCAGCUGUAGCCAGCUGUGCUGGCAAGCUCUAUGUCAUUGGAGGAGGGCCAGAUGACAAUACCUGUUCAGACAAGGUUCAGUGCUACGAUCCAGAGGAAAACUGUUGGAUGCUGCGCGCCAACAUCCCCAUCGCCAAGCGCUGCAUCACGGCCGUGUCCCUCAACAACUUGAUCUACGUGUGCGGCGGUCUUACCAAGUCCAUAUUCUGCUACGACCCAGCAGAGGACUACUGGAUGAAUGUUGCACAAACCUUUAGCAAACUGGAGAGCUGUGGCAUGUCRGUGUGUAACGGCAAGAUCUUCAUCCUCGGUGGCCGAGGAGAAAACGGUGAAUCUUUGGACACGAUCCUGUGCUAYGACCCGGCCACAGGCAUCAGCCACUGCGCCUCCACCAUGCCGCGGCCCAUCUCCUACCAUGGAUGUGUGACCAUCCACCGCUACAACGACAAACACUUCAAGCCAUGACUAUAAACGCACACUCUGACUUGUGACGAACUCUUUUWCUGCACCCCAUAAACAGCUCUGUGUAUUUCUGUUGUUUAAACACUAUAGCUAAUUCAAAACAAUGCAUAAGUAAGCUAAUUUAUUUCCUCACAGCCUCGUGUUGUUUUUCUCUAUGAUAAAGCUCCUCGGUGAAACGCUCAGCACAUAUUAAUGCCAACGAUUGGAUCAUCUGGACUUAAAUCAACGACAGCUCUGUCCUUCUUGUUUUAAACAAAUUCCCUCACUGAUGCUUAAAAUGACCUGAUUGAAAUGUGGUCAGCAGGCAGCCAGCUGCCCUGCCACAGUGUCAGUUGUCAUAUUUAUGAGUUGCUCCCGCCUCUUCAGCCUAAAACAAACAAAAAAAGAUUWAAAAAAUUAAGGCCGCACAAAUACCCUUGGCGUUUUUCCUCACAAGUUCCACUUCCUGUGCGUGUUUCCCCUCAUCCUCCCCUCCUGUGUCCUCACCUUUUUUUUUUUUUGAUUCACAUCUCUUUUCCUGCACACAGGAUAGGGUAAUAACUCAUUUUUCACAUUUUCUAUUUUUUAUACUUUUUAAGUUAUACUUGUUGGUCCUGUUUUUGAAAUUGCAUGUUUUAUUGUAUUAUAUUUAGCUACAUUUGGUGUGUUUGUUUUAGUGUCAGUGUCGGCUGGUUAGGGCCGAGUUUGAGGGUGGUUUUGGUCGAUCAGUCUCGAAGACUGCCUUAAUUAAAUGACAUGCGUAUGAGGGGCCGUUCGUGACUUUACGGCUUGGUCUGAAUGUGUUGGAGCCACAAAGGUUUAUCAUCCGGUCGUAGUGGAAGCGUUGCUUUUGUUAAAACGGCACCUUAGACAUUUUCUCGGGGUAAACAUGGAUACCUCCUGAUCUGUGUGUGUUUACUUCUCACUAAAGGUAGCAACGUUAGGCCACACACACACACAUAGUGGGGCGUUGAUUAAUGAUUAUGAAUGGUGUGGCCCUUUGUCAGUAAAGUCAACGUCCUACGAUUGGUAUUGACACAUCGGAGAUUUUGCUGUGAAUAAAACUUUUUCUUUUUAUAUGAAAAUGUAUUUUGUUUGUUGUGUUUCUGUAACGAAGAGCCCCAAUCAUUUUUUGUUUGCUUGUUUUUUGUUUUACUGUAUCAGUAAAUGUUCUUUGCUUUCAUGUGACGUAUAGAAGAGACAAUGUAAAGGCCUUUCAGCUCCUACUCUUGGACACUUCCUGGAUGUACCGGUGCAUCAGAAUGACAGUCUGUGUGUUUUAUUACUAUAUAACGAUAUAAAGUUUAUUAUAAGACAGAGCUUGGCGUAGAUUGUUCUGUUCUAAAGAUCAAAAACAGGUGGAGACAUUUCUCUCUACUCACUCCAUUUUACAGUAAAAAAUAGAAACUUUUGAGGCCGACAAGAGAAGUUGAGAAGCAAGAAAGACAAAAAGAGAGAAUUGGUGAGAAUGUGAGUGUGUGCGCGUCUGUGAUUCAUUGAGUAUUUACACAAACACUGUCCUCCAACGCUGAUUUAUUGAUUCUUCAUUUAUUUGCCUGCUCGUUAUUGUUUAAUCAAGUAAUUUUGUGUUGAUUUGUGCCUGUUGUGGUGAGUUGUGGGUUUGUGUGUCAUCGAGAUGUUUCAAUACAUUAUGUGAGCGUAUUGUGGCAAACAAAACCUUGAAAAGACGAGCAGAAAUGCAGAAUCAACCACAGUGGAUUUGAUUUAGUCCCAAAGGUUCGUAUGUCGUUUGCAUGUAAGAUUGAAGCUUUAGUUUGUUAAUUGUUGUCUCAUGGAAGAGGAAAAAAAGUGUGAGUAAUUAAAUGAGAUUGUUUUAUUACUGUGUGCAUGAUGUAGGAAUGAAAAAAUGUUUCUGAUUUUCUUUUUAUUGUUUGUUUUUUUUAAACUGGUGUGUUGAAAUGUAACGGUUGACUUUUUGUAAGAUGAUCAA